AUGAACAACAACAAUACCUCACAGCGGAAACAUAACCUCGUAGAAACACACUUGCACCCCACACACACCGCCAACAAUAGCAAUAACAGCAAUGACGACACUGAUCAGCAUCUUGUCAAGAGAACAAGACGCACCUUCUCUCUCAAACGACCCUCCUCGCUCUCACCUUCCCCUACAACCACAACUAUCAUUUCUGCCGAUACCACACAGCAGCAGCAUGCUACAAAACCGACACCAACAACAGCAACAAUUGAGCAGAGCCUCGCUGACACAGUCAACCCCUCUUCGAGCAACCUCCGCUCUUCGUCUCGCCACCUCCACCUCCUCAUUCCUCAACAGGACUCUGCAGCAUCAUGGAGUCAGUCGGAUUCAGAAAGAGAGAGCACCAAUAACUGCAUACUCUCCAUUCCAGAUUGCGACAGUGAAAAAGAGCGUGCUCUUCAGGAGACUAGCGCCACCACCACCACAACCUCAAAAGCGACAACAACAACAACAACAACAACAACAACAACAACAACAACAGCAACUGCUACGGCAACGCAACCCAUUGUUCAACUUCAAUGUGUCGCUUCAGAGGAGGAGGAUGACUUUGAGACCCCUUUCGUUCUCCCGACGACGACUACCAGCCCAAACGCAAAGGCUAUCCACCAUAUCAAUACGCCACCAACAGCAAAUGAACUCGCUGUCCAAGGUGCUAGAGGUUCUUCAGCUGUAGUAGUCGGUGAGCCAAGCAUUGACGCCACCAACAUCAAUAACGACAACAAUCUCCCAGAGGACCCUAUGCAUGACCCUGACUGUGACGAAGAUCCGAUCGAUAACGACGAUUUCGAGCUUGACGAGAUCCAAGAUUGGGAUACUUUUGAGGACAUCAAUCCAACAGCAGCAGCAAUACCAACUGAUCCUGUACCAGAGAAUGCAUGUCCUGUCUGUGGAUUAAACUUGUCCGGUCUAGACACUAUGACACCAGGUGCACAUGUGAAUCGAUGCCUCGAUGGGUCCUUGACGGAGCCGGAACAGCACGCACCAACUACUUCCACGACAUCUACGACCGUGGUUGUUACAAGUAAACCACAAGCGUCAAGAAACCCACUGGCCAACAUCAUUGGUACGAUCCGCACCGCCAUCACUAAUUUUCCAUCCUACCCCCCACAACAACCACAACCACAACAACAACCCAGCGGCAACGGCGGCAGCAUCAGCAUCAAGCAUGUAGGUCCGUCUAAACAGCCCAACGGCAAAAAGGCAGGCGGAAAUUUCAAGCCUAAGGCUCCUCGGCCAUGCCCCUUUUACAAGAAAAUGCCUGACACUGGUUUCACGGUGGAUGCGUUCUGUUAUGGGAAGGUGGAGGGUUGCGACGCCUAUUUUCUCUCUCACUUUCACUCGGAUCAUUACGGCGGUCUGACAUCAACCUGGAACCACGGACCUAUUUACUGCUCCAGCAUCACUGCCAACCUCGUCAUUACUCGACUCAAGGUCGACGAACAGUACGUCAAGCGUCUCCCUAUGUAUGAGCCCACAGUCGUCGACGGAGUGACCGUCCGGCUCAUGGAUGCGAACCACUGCCCAGGAUCGGUCCUCUUUGUCUUUGAUCUUCACAACCCGAAACGGCGCUAUCUCCAUACAGGGGAUUUUCGAGCAUCACCCGACAUGAUCAUCGACCCCAUCCUUCGCCAACCGCAAAACGUGCCUAUCGACAUUGUCUAUCUCGACACGACCUACAGCAACCCACGGUACACAUUUCCACCACAAGACGUCGUCAUUCGGGAGACCGCUCGCCUCAUCUGCAACGAAGUUGGAAUCCAAACCAACAACCAACCUGCGGAUGCUAUGGCAGCGGCGCCUAUUGUCAAGGUCAUCAAGCGGGUGAACUUGAUGGAGAGUUGGCUGAAGAAGGAGACUGGGAACAGUGAGAAGCUGUUGUCAAUGUCGGUCAAGUCUUCGCAGAUCGUGAAAUCCAAGCAAGCAUGGAAGGAGCCAGCGGAGAAGAACAGGAUCGUGAUCUGUGUGGGAACGUACUUGAUUGGCAAGGAGCGGGUCUUCAAAGCCAUCGCCAAGGCCAUCAACAGCAAGGUCUAUGUCCAGCCGCACAAGUUGCAGAUCCUGCAGUGUUUGGAGGAUCCCGAGUUGAUGGCCAUGCUCACGAGUGAUAGGCAUGAGGCUCAAGUCCACUUGCUGCAUAUGGGGUCGCACAUGUCGCCGGAGGCACUACAAGACUACCUGGAUUCGCUGGCGCCGACGUUUGUGCGGUUGAUUGCUGUCAGACCGACAGGGUGGACGUUUACGGGCAACAAAAAAUUUACGCCCGCCAACGAUAAUGGCCCAUCAUCAACAGAGAUGCCUGCACGGCCUCCUACGACUCUCGAACUUCGACCUAGCUACACGUCGGCAACGGUCAAGAUAUACCCUGUUCCGUACUCGGAACAUUCGAGCUUCAGUGAACUUGCAGGGUUCUGUCGGUCCCUCAAUAUCCACAAGGUUAUUCCUACAGUCGGUGUUGGCAGUGAGCAGGGGCGGCAUACCAUGAACGAGUGGUUCAAGCGCUGGGAGCAAGAACGGCGGCAGGGUAUCGGAUGGGACUAG